GGGUGACUCAUCAGUUAUCCUUCACUUCACCCAUUCUGAGUCAGGAACGCCACUCGGGCUCGAGAAUUUCCUCGGACUUGAUGAGGCGGUUGGCGUCGGCGGUGACUUAAGUGUAGCGCGGAGUGAGUUUUGUGCGUUGGGGACGCUCGUGUGCUUCGGGACUUGGCUUAGUGAGCUUGCGUGAUGGUGCGGUGUUUACGUUUGUGAAUGUUGGGGUAAAGGGUAAUAGCAAACGAGUUUAGCCUGUCAACUUUGAAGAUUAAGUCACUGCCACGGAGGAUCGAAAGUGUCUCCGCAUUGUUCGUUCGUAGUGAAUGUCCGAACACAAUGACAGUGGCUAUGUCUUCCUCUAAGACGGAAGUGCAGAGCAAAGAUUUUGCAACGCGGGUGAAGGAUGACGUAAUAGAUCACUUCCGGCCCAAGUCUGGGUCACCCGCGGAGUGCAGGGAUACGAACACAUCCGUCAGCAUUAACCCUGUGGUCGUUCCGAACAGCGACGACGAAACUCUGACGUUGCGAGCCAAGGAGGAGCAGGAUGGCGAGGCACGCGUCAGAGGCGACCUGCAGCCGACCGACCUCAGCGUCAAGCGAAACAACAACAACAACCACAUCGAACUACAACCUCAGGGCCAAAAGCUCAUCGGCAGCAUCAACAACAACCACAUCAGCAUCCCGCCGUCCUUGAGCAUCAAGAGCUCCUUCUCGAUCACGAACCUCCUGAGACCUCUGGCGAAGGACAGGCCCUUGGACGAGCCCGAGGACCUGAGCCGAGCGCGGAGGCCGACGGAGGCGCUGCCGGAGGUGACCAUCACGCCUCAGCCGCGUCUCCUGCCGGAGGACAAGGCGGCGGCCAAGAGGAAGGCGGAGGAGAUCGAGGAGGAUAUCGACGUCGAGGAAGAGGACGGGGAGGAGGAGGACUGCGACGGGGAGGAGGAGGAGGACUCAGGGAUCAGCGAGACGCACCACCAGGACGAGACGAGAGGAUGUUCCUCGCCCCGUUCUCCCGACACCUGCCUGAAGAGCAAGAAGCAGCGGAAGGCGCGGACGGCGUUCACGGACCACCAGCUGCAGACGCUGGAGAAGAGCUUCGAGCGGCAGAAGUACCUGAGCGUGCAGGACCGCAUGGAGCUGGCGGCCAAGCUCAACCUCACCGACACGCAGGUCAAGACGUGGUACCAGAACAGAAGCCCCAAGCAACAUAAACAUCGAAAUCUUUCACUGUGGGCACCUGUUACACAACGAGACAAAUUGUGCUGUGAUAAGAAAUCGGUUGUAACUGAAAGAUUACAGAGGACUGGGAAAUAA